UCAUAGAAUAGAUAUAAUUACCAAUUAGUAACAAAUAGGUACAUACAACCAAUUUAGCAUUAUAGAUUCAAACUCAAUGUUGAAUGUYCUACAAAAGUAUAAUGUAUUCUGUAAUUACAGUAGUUAAUAAUUGUUAAACAAUUAUGACACUAUGACAGAUGUGCAAGUUUACUGACAUACUUAUUUCAUAUGAAAAACACAUAGGUUAUAACUUUAAUUUCUAGAGUACUGCCCUGGAACGKAAAUUAAAUAGCAAAACUGCAGCUCUCACUGUAUUAAGUGAAGAAUUAGAGAAAUGUCGAAUAGAACGAGAUCAUUUGAAAAUCAUAUUGGAAAAUAAAAUGUUACAUAAUACAUACAAUAGAAAUUAUCAAUUAAAUUACGAUAAACUUGUGAAUCAACUAAGAGAAGAAAAUAAGAUACUGAGAUUGGAAGCAGAGGAUGUGCGUCAAAAAUUACAGGAUGCUCAAGGUGACAACCAAGUUUUAAGAACUGGUGGUUUUGUCAAGGAUUGUAUAAAUACUAUAUUAACAAGCUCUGAUAGUAAAGAAGAAUUAGUAAAAAAUUUAGAAAUCGUACAUUCAAAAUAUCAGCAAUUAAAGCUUGAUUUUGGUUUAUUACUGGAUGAUAAACAAGAAUUAAUCACUGAACGAGAUGGAUUUCGAAGWAAAAUACGACGGUUAAAUUAUCAAUUAGCAGCUUCUUUAAAUGCUAAUAAAAAUCAAUGUGUAUUAGAUAUUGAUAGUUUAUUAUUAGAAAACAAGUAUUUAAAUGAAAGAUUGCAGUUAGAGAUCGCCGAAAAGGAAAUGAUAAAGAAAACAAAUUCAUUAUACCAGAGUACAUCAAAAAUAAAUGAAGAUUCAUCUUUAUUGUUCACUAAUAACUCAAUAGCCCGUAAAGUAAUAACUUGUAAACAGAUGCAACAAAUUUUGGAAACUGGGAAUCUUCAAGCUUUGUUUUCAAACAGCACAACUCUUGCAGAUUUAAGAAAGUUGUGUCAGACACUAUUUGAAGCAUUGCAAGAUAAAACUAUAGCACUUAAUCAUCAAAAAAAAACCAAUAAAAUAUUAGCUAAACGAUUGGAAGACUUGGAAAAAAAAAUAAAAUUGAUUAACCAAGGGGAAGCCAUUAUAUCACCUUCGCUGACUUUAUUGAAUGAUUGUUCAAAUACAUCUGAUGAUACGGAUUUUGAAACAAGUUCUAUUGAUGAAUCAAACGCUUGUGUAAUUUCUAAAGAAGAUGAUUCUAUCAUUAAAAAUGUUGAUUUUGAUAAGUAUCCUAAUGAAAUGAAUACUUUACCAAAAAAUUUGCAACAACUUGUUACCGAGGCUAUGCAAACAAUGGCCUUUGAUUCGUCUACCCCUUCCUCUGGUAAAGCUUGUCUCAGUUCUACUUCAGAUUAAACAUAUAAUGUUAUAAUCUGUUCAAUAUAAUGUUACAUUUUUAAUAC